AUGUGCUUCUCGCCCGACGGGCGCUACCUCACGCUCUGGACCCGCCCGCUCUUGCUCGACCGCGAGAGCGGCGUGUGGCUGGAAAACGUGCUCGUGUACGACGUGGAGUCGCAGGCCGUGCUCACGAAAUGGUCCAACAAACAGCAAGGAGGGUGGCAGCCGCAGUUCACGCAGGACGGCAGCGUGAUGGCCAAGAACUUCAACAACCGCGAGAUCCACUUCUACGAGUUGUCCGCGGCCUUGGACAUCCGCAAGCCCUCGUACAAGUUUCGCUUGCAGGACUCCGGCGCCACGUUCCAGAACUUCCGCUUGAGCCCCGGCUUGAACCCCUCCGUGGCGGUGUUCAUCCCGGAGAAGGGCGGCAAGCCCGCGGAGGUGCUCAUCUACAACAUCCCCAACUUCAACCAGCCCGUCUGCUCCAAGCUGUUCUUCAAGGCCGAGAAGUGCCAGUUGCAGUGGAACGCCUUGGGCACCGCGUUGCUCGCGUUGGCGUCCACGGACCACGACUCCAGCAACAAGUCCUACUACGGCGAGACCAACUUGUACUUGUUGGGCAUUGCCGGCUCCUACGAGCGCAUCGACUUGAAGCGCGAGGGCCCCAUCCACGACAUCACGUGGUCGCCGUCCGCCCGUGAGUUUGCCGUGUCCUACGGCUACAUGCCCUCGGAAACCACCUUCUUCGACGCCCGCGGCAACCUGAUCUUCUCCUUGCCCACCUCGCCCCGCAACACCAUCCUCUACUCGCCGCACGGCCGCUACGUGUUGGUGGCGGGCUUCGGCAACUUGCAGGGCACCGUCGAUGUCUACGACCGCCAGAACAAGUUUGCCAAGGUGUGCACCUUCGAGGCCUCCAACACCUCCGUGUGUGAGUGGUCGCCCUGCGGCCGCUACAUCUUGACGGCCACCACGUCGCCCCGCUUGCGUGUGGACAACGGCUUGAAGGUGUGGUACGCCGACGGCACCUUGUUGUACUACCGCGAGUAUCCGGAAUUGUUUUCCAUCGCUUGGAAGCCACAGCCUAUCAGCAAGUUCCCGGCGCUAAAACUGUUGGAGCCUUGCCCGCCGGCCCACCAGUCGGCCACCGAGUAUCUUGCCAAAAAGGCGGCGCUGAGCGGCACGAGCACCGUGAAGAAGGUCGGUGCCUACCGUCCGCCCCACGCCAGGAACAGCGGCGCGUCCACGGCUCUGACCUCGCUCUACCAGAAGGAGUUGCAAAGCAACUUGGGCCCCAAGCCUGCGGGCGCCUACGUGCCCGGAAGAAGAGUCGUGCCGGGCGCACAGCCUGUGGAACCCAAAGAGAGCAAGAGCGCGGCCAAAAACAAGAAGAAAAGAGAGGGCAAGAAUGCCGACGAGGCGUCGCCUACCCCCGAGCUGCCUGCGGUGGCGCAGGCACAAGACCAAGGCUCGGUCGUUGGAGGUGUAGUUUCGAUGGAGGAGAAGAAGAUCCGCGCCUUGUUGAAAAAGCUCAGGGCUAUCGAGGCCUUGAAAAUGAGACAGGCGGGCGGCGAACAGUUGGAGGAGACACAGAUCAACAAGAUCAACAAGGAGGACGAAAUCAGACAGGAGUUGGGCUUCUUGGGCUGGUCUGAAUAG